AACCCGGAAUAACAGCAACGAGAUGUUAUUGAACGCAUUUAAGAGAAAAGUAUUAUUCCUUUGUGUAAUACUUGGUAUUGGUGGCAUUUCUGCUUUGGCACGUGUAGACAAUAAUUGGUCACACAGGCGACCAAACCUUACAGUGACCCAAAAUCAUGGGGGUCAAGCUGGCUAUCGACCAGGCUAUCAACAACCUUUAGUGCGCAAUCAAACCCAAUCAUACAACAAUCAGCAGCACAACCAACAGCAGCAAUGGCAACAGCACAACAAUCGUCCUCAAGCCAACCAAUCAUAUGCAAAUGCAUAUAAACCCCAACAGCAGCCUUCAUAUGGUCAGGGAGCAUUUAAUCAAUCACGUCCUUCGUGGCAACAACCUUCAGCUCCAAAUGCAUAUAAACCCCAGCAGCCUGCAUAUGGUCAAGCAGCUUUUAAUCAAUCACGUCCUGCUUGGCAACAACCAGCCAAUCAGCCUCAAUAUCCUUCCCAAGGAUCCGGCGCUUUUAAUCAAACGCGUCCCGCUUGGCAACAACCUAAUGCUCCCCAACAUCAACAAUAUCCUCAAGCACCCAACUAUCCACAAUAUCCUCAACCUGCUUUCAAUCAAACACGCCCUCAAGCACCCAACUAUCCACAAUAUCCCUCUUAUGGAGCACAAAACACUUUAAAUCAAACACGUCCGGCUUGGCCUCAACCUUCAGCUCCACAAGCUCCAAAUUAUCCAGCACUACCCAAUAAUGUCAACAAUAAGCCAGCAGUACCCUCAAACUCUUGGACUCCUCCAGCUAAUCACACACACUUAUAUCCCCAACUACCCAAUACAAAUUUGCCACAACCUCCACCAGCUAUCGGAAUCAAUGGUAUACCUUUAGCUCCUCUACAACCUGCUCCGCAAAGCCCUCAAGGCCCCCAGAAUUGGCAUUCAGGUGGUCAAGCUGUGUUAAGUUAUGGUCCGGGUUAUAAUCCGUCUCCAGCUGGAAAUCCAAAUAAAAAUCCACCCACUCAUCAGGGCAGCAGCAAUCCGUAUGCAAGUAUGUUUAAUUGAAAUUGAGAGAUAAGUAAAAAGUUUGAGAGCAAUAAAAAUUAAUAAAAUCUCCAAGUUGUGAAAAAAGAG